AUGACCCGCCUCCUCCCCCUCCUCCUCCUCUCCACCCCCGCCCUCGCCCACUUCUCUCUCACCCUUCCCAAGCCCCUCGGCGACAGCGACGACAACCAAGGCACCGCCCCCUGCGGCGGCUACUCCGCCUCCGCCUCCUCCGCGACCACCGACUUCCACGUCGCCGGCGACGCCGUCGGCAUGUCCAACGGGCACCCGCAGACCACCUGGCUCUUCCGCGCGACCCUCGACCAGACCGCGUCCGGCAACUGGACCCAGGUCUUUCCCAUCGUCCUGCAGACCGGCCUCGGCAACUUCUGCGAGCCGCAGAUCGCCGUCCCCGCCGAGUACGCCGGCAAGAAGGGCGUGCUCGGUGUUGUUGCGCACUCGCCUGACGGGCUGCUCUACUCUUGCGCCGCCGUAAACUUCGUCACAGGCACCGCCGCCACAAACUCCGACUGCAAAAACGCCUCCAUCACCGUCGACUUCUCCUCCGACCCCUCCCUCACGGCCCUGGUCAACGGCGGCGGCGCGUCAAGCAGCACGUCACCGUCCACCUCGGCAUCCGGAAGCCCCGCCGCCUCGAGCUCGAGCACGCCCAACGCCGCACCCGGCGCGACUGCCGGUCUGCUCGGCGCGGGCGCGGGCGCAAGCCUCUUGGUCUCGUUGGUUGCUGCUGUUGGCGGCGCGGCCUUGUUCUUCUAA